ACUUGUCUCAUGAUUUAGUCAAUGAUUGUAAGUGCAGUUGUUCAGACGUCUCAAAUUGCUGUGUUGAAAUAAUAUCUGUGCAUCACUUGAGUAAGGCAAAAUUCAGAAAUGCAUACCCUCAGCUUAUUCCUGCUAGGGAUACUCCCUAUAAUUGUCCUAGCCGGAUUUGGCAACCAUGACCAAUCUCUACUAAAGAAUCGUUCAAGGAUAUUCGAAGGAGAAAGGGAAUUUUCUAUAACAAUGCUGAAGCAGAUCCGAAAGAACUAUCCGAACGGCAACAUGUUUUUCUCCCCGUACAGCGUCUAUAAUGCUUUACUCAUAGCCUUUUUUGGUUCGUCCGGAGCCACGGAGGCACAGCUGGUCAAUGGGUUGAAUCUGAACUGGGCUUCCUCUAAGUCACAGGUACAGAGCGCAUAUGUCGUACAAAAAAAGCUAGACGAAAAGCGAGCAUUUCAAAAUCCGCUGGAGCUCUCUUCUGCGAACCGCAUAUUCGUGGACAAGAAGGUGGAAGUUGUUCAAAUUUUCAAAACCCUCCUAUACGAUGAAAUCAAGCAAACCGACUUUAAGAACCAACCGAUGAAGUCACUCCAGGAAAUCAACGAUUGGAUCUCAAAUAAGACGUACAACCAGAUCCACGACAUUCUCAGUGCCGAUGAAAUCACUUCAAAUACCAUGUUGGUCCUGGCCAACGCCGCCUACAUGAAGGGCCAGUGGCUCAGCCAGUUCAAGGUGGAGAGGACCACUCCAAAGCCCUUUUACAUAACCCCCAACAUACAGGAGGUGGUUCCCAUGAUGCGACAGAAGGGCACGUUCAAGAUGAACAUCGCCGAAAACUUGCAAUCGCAAAUCCUUAGGCUGCCCUUCCGGACUCAAUAUGAGUCGGCAGACAAGUUAAAUGCCACGCCCGAUGAUAAGUCCGAUGUUUCCAUGGUGCUCAUCCUGCCGACGUCCAGCGCAGUUUCCAUUGACGAUGUAAUUACCCGUCUGGAUGCCAACUCAUUGGAGACGCUGAUCGAAAAUUGUGUGCCGCGUGAGAUCGAAUUGUCGCUGCCCAAAUUCCAGUUUGAGCAACGUACUGGAAUCACUCCGAUCCUUGCCAAUAUGGGCAUUACCCAGAUGUUCACCGGUGAUGCCACCUUCGAUGAUUUAACCGCCGAGCACGUUUCCUUCGAUGACGCUCAGCAUGUGGCCAAGAUCAAGGUGGACGAAUUGGGAACCACCGCGGCGGCGGCCACUGUCCUCUUUUCCAGUCGAUCCGCCAGGCCCGCCGAUCCCAACCAGUUCAAUUGCAACCAUCCGUUCCUGUUCCUCAUCUACGAUCACAAUGUCAAAACGAUCCUUUUCGCAGGCGUCUAUAGCGACCCCAGGGAAAUGCAGCACUAAAAGUGAAUCCGUUUUUCGCUUUCCAUUGAUUCAGCAGUUAAAAAGUCUUUUAAUAAAUCUAUACAUUUUUUUUUGGCAAUAAAAUUUGGAUUUACGAAGA